AUGGCCAGCUUAGAAGAUCUUAUCCCCACUGUUAACAAGUUGCAGGACGUUAUGUACGAUUCCGGGAUCGAUACACUCGAUUUGCCAAUUUUGGCUGUUGUCGGGUCCCAAUCCUCUGGGAAAUCAUCCAUCUUGGAGACUUUAGUCGGCAGAGAUUUUUUACCCAGAGGUACUGGUAUUGUCACCAGGAGACCGUUAGUCCUCCAACUGAAUAAUAUAUCUCCAAAUUCCCCUCUAAUAGAGGAAGAUGAUAGCUCCGUUAAUCCUCAUGACGAAGUUACAAAAGUGUCGGGAUUUGAGGCCGGUACGAAACCUUUAGAGUACAAGGGUAGGGAAAGAAACCAUGCGGAUGAGUGGGGGGAAUUCUUGCACAUACCAGGAAAGCGGUUUUAUGAUUUCGAUGAUAUCAAGAGAGAAAUUGAGAAUGAAACUGCAAGAAUAGCCGGUAAAGAUAAAGGUAUCAGUAAGAUUCCCAUUAAUUUGAAAGUAUUUUCUCCACAUGUUUUGAAUCUAACAUUAGUAGAUUUGCCCGGAAUUACGAAAGUCCCCAUUGGAGAACAACCACCAGAUAUUGAAAAACAAAUUAAGAACUUGAUUCUGGACUAUAUAGCCACUCCAAACUGUUUAAUCUUGGCCGUUUCUCCAGCUAACGUUGAUCUUGUUAACUCUGAAUCUUUGAAGUUAGCUAGGGAGGUAGACCCUCAGGGCAAACGGACAAUUGGUGUCAUCACCAAGUUGGAUUUAAUGGAUUCUGGUACUAAUGCCCUAGAUAUCUUGUCUGGGAAAAUGUACCCUUUGAAAUUGGGGUUUGUUGGCGUAGUUAAUCGUUCGCAACAGGAUAUCCAAUUAAACAAGACAGUUGAAGAAUCUUUGGACAAAGAAGAGGAUUAUUUUAGGAAGCAUCCUGUUUAUAGAACCAUAUCAACAAAAUGUGGUACGCGCUACUUAGCCAAAUUAUUGAAUCAAACGUUGCUGAGUCACAUUAGAGAUAAACUCCCAGAUAUUAAAACCAGGCUAAAUACCUUGAUCUCUCAAACAGAACAGGAGCUCGCUAAAUAUGGCGGCGUGGGAGCUAUCACAAAUGAAAAUAGAGCCAGCCUUGUUUUACAAUUAAUGAAUAAGUUUUCUACAAACUUUAUUUCAUCUAUAGAUGGUACGUCUUCUGACAUCAAUACCAAGGAACUCUGUGGUGGUGCCCGUAUUUAUUAUAUUUACAAUAACGUAUUUGGAAAUUCCUUGAAGUCAAUCGAUCCAACUUCUAAUCUGUCUGUCCUUGACAUUAGAACAGCAAUUAGAAAUUCUACUGGUCCUCGUCCUACGUUAUUUGUUCCUGAGUUGGCAUUCGAUCUUUUGGUGAAACCUCAGAUUAAGCUUCUACUGGAACCGUCUCAGCGUUGUGUGGAACUAGUUUAUGAGGAGUUGAUGAAAAUAUGCCAUAAAUGUGGCUCUGCUGAAUUGGCCAGAUACCCUAAACUAAAAGGUAUGCUCAUAGAAGUAAUAAGUGAACUGCUCAGAGAAAGGUUACAACCUGCUCGCUCUUACGUUGAAAGCUUGAUCGAUAUACAUCGAGCCUACAUCAAUACUAAUCAUCCUAAUUUCUUGAGCGCCACUGAAGCAAUGGAUGAUAUUAUGAAGGCACGUAAAAAACGGAAUCGAGAAUUAUCGAAGAGUAGAUUGUCUCAACAGGAGAACGGCCACUCCAACAAUGCUAACGGUACUCCAUCUAUUUCUUCCAACGUAGAUCAAGAUUCUGUCAAAAACAGUGACUACGAAGACGAUGGCAUCGACGCUGAAUCGAAGCAAACGAAGGAUAAGUUCUUGAAUUACUUUUUUGGAAAGGAUAAAAAAGGUCAACCUGUGUUUGAUGCAUCGGGUAAGAAAAGGACCAUUUCGGGUGAAGGAAAUGUUGAAGACUUCAGGAACUUACAAAUAUCUGAUUUUUCAUUAGAUGAUAUGAAUGACCUUGAAAAUGCUGAACCUCCACUGACCGAGAGAGAAGAAUUAGAAUGCGAAUUAAUCAAACGUCUGAUUGUUUCAUACUUUGACAUUAUAAGAGAAAUGAUCGAAGACCAAGUACCAAAAGCAGUUAUGUGCUUACUUGUAAAUUUCUGUAAAGAUUCUGUCCAAAAUAGGUUGGUGACCAAACUUUACAAAGAAUCGCUGUUUGAAGAACUGCUAGUUGAGGACCAAACUUUAGCUCAAGAUAGGGAACUCUGUGUGAAAUCUCUAGGAGUUUAUAAAAAGGCUGCAACUCUUAUUAGUAAUAUUCUGUAA